CUCUAAAAGAAGGAACAGAACUUGUUUCAUGGAUGGAAAAUGACAGAACUAUUUACUUCUCAUUUUGGUUGUUUUCUUUUAAAGUUAGUGAUCUUUAAACUCAGAAAUUUGUACAAAAUUGUAUAAUAAGGAAUUAUCUGAAUAAUGAUAGUGAACAUUUGCAUAGCACUGUGACAAGCCUUUUGGCAUCCAAUAUUAGAUUUAAACCUCAUCAUGCUGUGUUGUAAGUAAUGGCAGUUGUUAUUAUUGUCAUUUUACUGAUUAGUAAAAUAAGGUGUGCAUGAUGCAUGAUUUCAUUAUAAGAACAAGUCAUACCAGACUAAUUUUUAUACAUUUUUAAAGACAAGGUUAGUAAACUCUUGAUGAGGGAAAUGCUGUAGAUAUAUUAUUCCUGGCUUUCUGCAACAUUAUUAGUAUUAAAAUAAGAAAUAUUAAUAUUUUUAAUUUCAGAAUUUUGUGUUUUAUACUUCUUUGCCAUAAGUAAUAUUCAUUUAAUAUUUAGCUUUGAAAGAGAAAGAAAUUUUAUAAAUGGCAUAGUCUUCCUUGCCUUUUAACAUGACUCUUUUCCAAGAAGUUUUCAGGUAUCAUUAGAAGAUCAUCUAUAUCAUCAUAGAAUCUUAUGAGGAAGGAAAAGAUCAUAAUAUGUUAAAAAUGCAGUUUGGAGUUAACAUAAUAGCCCCCAUUCAAUUCUUUCCUGGACCACUUACCUUUAAAGUUCCCUCCUGUGAUCAGUAUUUUAACUGUGAAUUUGAAAAGAGAACAAAAACCUUUUUCUUCUCAUUUUCAUAUAGGGAAAAGCUUGGGACAAGGUUUUAGGUUGAAGAAAUAGCAUUUGUUUAUUUCUAGAGAAAUUAAAAAUGAAGUUUUAAAAAUAUUUCUACAAUAGGUAAGACCAUUACUGCUUCCUAACAUUCUCAUCUGGGAACUUCAGUAGGGCCUCAACAUCAUAUAGUCCUUCAUAAUGCUGUGUUUAUGAGCUCAUAAGAAUUGAUGAAGAUAAUAUGUACAUGAGACUUGACUGAGAUUGACACUAACACCAGAGAUACACAUGCCAUAGUGACACUACAGAGGAUAGUCAAUCAAUGCAAAUGGAUGCUGUUCCUUACCCAGAGAACUCUUGUCUCUUUCUGACCAUCAUUCCUCAUGCUAUAAUUGAGCAGCUUUGUACUUAUCUACUCUGUGUUUCAAUUAAUAAGUGGUUGCUAUUUCUACCAAAGAUUUAUACAGUGGCAACCUUCUUACUCUAACAUACAUAGACUCAUCAGUUUAUCUUUACAGGAAAUUACUUUUUCUACUAAACUACAAAGAGAUAUUUUCUUUUCUACAAAUGCUUGUACUUGUACAUUUUUUUUAUCUUCCAAAUAGAUCCAGAUUCAUAAUAGUCUUUUUCUCUUGACAUAAGUUAUCUGGUAGUCUCUUGUAAUAGUAUUAUGAACAAGACAAAGAAAUGUGGGCUUAAUGCUGGCUAACAUAGGUGUAUUCCAAACCUGAUACAGUGAUUUUUAAUAGAUUAAUGUCAAGCUGGAGCUAUAUAUCUAAUCCACAUACUUUGAAGUUCUUGUGAAUGCCUCGAGGACCAUGGAACCGUUGAAAUUUCAAAUUUCAGGAAGGAAACCUCGACCUGUCUCCCAGUUGGUUGCACAGCAAGUUACUCAGCAAUUUGUGCCCCCCCCACAGUCAAAGAAAGAGAAAAAAGAUAAAUUAGAAAAGGAAAAAAGUGAAAAAGAAACAACUAGCAAAAAGAACAGUCAUAAGAAAACCAGGCCACGAUUGAAAAAUGUGGAUCGGAGUAGCGCUCAGCAUUUGGAAGUGACCGUUGGAGAUCUGACAGUCAUUAUUACAGACUUUAAGGAGAAAACUAAGUCGCCACCUGCAUCUAGUGCUGUUUCUGCAGAUCAUCAUAGUCAGAGCGGUUCUAGCUCUGAUAAUACAGAAAGAGGAAUGUCCAGGUCAUCUUCACCCAGAGGAGAAGCCUCAUCAUUAAAUGGAGAGUCUCAUUAAAGUUUACUUUUUUCCGGUUUCUUUAGUCACUUCUCUGUAACAUGCAAAUGCAAAUAUUUUGGCUAACACAAGCCACAUUUUCAUGACAAGCAUUUAUGCUCAGCCCACAAUCUGUUUUAACAUAAAAUAUAAGUGCAUUAGGAUUAAUAAUCUUGUUGCAAUCUACACUAAAGACCACAUUUCCAGAAUUAACAUUUUGAUAUCCAAAGUUAAAAGUGCCAUGAAAAUGUGGUAGAACAUUCAUUAUGCAGUGUUAUUGGUAAUCUUUUUCACUUUUAGUGAAUUCCAACACUUAAAACUUGAUUUCACUACUAUUGGCAUGUACUGAAUUAAAAUUUUUAUAACAUAGUUCAAGCUGCCUAGAUAUGUAUUAUUUGAGAAUUAUAAAACAGUUGUAUAUGUGUGUUUGUGUGUGUGUGUGUGUAUAUACACAUAUAUACAUACAAAUCAGAUCAAUUUAAUCAAUUAUUAGAGCAACCAGAUUUUCAUAAUAGUUAUCUUCUUAUACACCUGCUGGUACUUGGUGUGGUUAAAUAAGAAAAUUGUUAUUAAAGGAUUUCUAUGAACUUGGCCAAUGUUUUUUGACACAUCUUAUUAGAUUACUGUUACUGGUUUAUCAAAUUUUCUUUUAUUGACUUUUUAAAACAUUCAUUUAUUAUGUUUACUAGCAAAAUAGUAAACAUUUUAAAGUAUCAAUUGUUUAACUUUAUAAUUCAGAUAUAGUAUUAUUAUCAUUAUACACUGGUAUUUUCCACAAUAUAUAACAUUUUCCAUUUCAAAUAAUGAUGUGCAUUUGCCCAAAAAAAAAAAAAAAAAAAAAAGGCAACAGAAAAAUUUCCAUUUAAAAAGUUCCAAUCCUGUAAAAGAUUUCACUGAAUAAUAAUUUUAUCAUUCUUUUCUUGCCCCAGACUUUUUCAGUGCUAUCCACAUAUAUUAAUAUAAUUACUACAGAAAUAUGGAGUGGUACAGAACUGGGGAAUAACUAAUAAUUUAUCCUAUUUCUUCUUAAGUAAGCUUUUGUUAUGUUAAUUGGCCCUUUAUUAAAUAUUUUUAAACAAUUCCUAUGAAAAACAUGCAGUUCCCUAUUUUCAGGCAUAAUUAUCAUUUAUGCAUAUGUUAAUAUACUAAUACAAACAAAAUAUUUACAGUCACCUAGCAUUAUGUAAAAUUACCAAUAAAAUAUUUUUAUGACUAUACCUUUUUCAUUUUUGUUUACAGCCAAUGUAUAUUUGAUGCACAAAAAAAAAAAAAAAUCUCAAAACCGCAUAAAUUCUCAUAGAAUUUCCUAAUUCUUCUGUUAAAUACUUGUUUGCUUGUUGUUUUCUCCCAUUAGAUUGUGAGCUCCUUGAAGACAGGGACUAUCUUUUGCCUUUUUUUUUUUUUUUUUUUUUUUUGUAUCACCAACACUUAGCACAGUGCCUGGCACAUAGUUCGUGCUUAAUAAAUGUUUAUUGCCCGAUAUUCUCAAAUAUAAAGAAUUAAUAUAAAUACAGAGUGGACAUUUAUUAGUGAGCAUAGUUUUACAGUAUUACAUAAGACAUCUUCAUGAUAACUUAAAUUGACAGAUUUAAUGUUUAGGGUUUUGGGGGGUUAUAAAAUGUAAUUUUUUUUGUUUAAUUGUCACACUUAUAAGCUUAAGAAAGGCUGUUUUGUUAGAUGUUAGUUGUGAAAUACUUGCAUAAAAAGAAAGUCUGGUAUGAUAUCUAAACACUUAAGUAUUUCUUUUUUUUUGAUUGAAUUUAUGUAAAAAGAUUAAAACAAACUAUGGUUUGGGGGAUGGUUAUUUUAGCAGGACACUUCUAAUGAUAAGACCAGUUUAUUUUUGCACUAUGAAUUCUACUUUGUCUUUGUUUUAUUCAUUUCCUAUUUCUCAGAUGCUUUUAAAGGUUGGUUUAUUUUUGAGAUCCUGAACAUUUGCAUAUGCUAAUGAAUCUUCCACUAUUUUUAGGUGACACUUUGUUCUACAGACUGGCCUCUAAUUGCAGUUUUCUGGCACGAGAAAAAAAAAAUUCUGAUACUUUAAAUGGUUUGCAAAAGAGAAUAGUCUGGCAAAUAUACAAAAAUACAGUAAGCAAAAAAAUUGGCCCACAUGAUGUUUCAUUGCCUAUUAAAAGCAGUUUGCUGUUUUUUAUCAUACUUAGAAACCGUAUUCCCUGUAUUAUCAGAUAAGAUCAUAGGAUUUAAGCUGGAAGGGACCAUAGAGGUUAUCUGAUCUGAACCCCUUAUCUGAAAAAUCGAAAAACUGUGAUUUGAGCUGUUAGGACUAGCAAAAUAUAGAAUAAAUGAUAGUUAACAUUUGCAUCCAAGUCCUUUUAACUCCAAAUCCAGCAUUUUUGCCAUAUGUUACAUUUGAUGAAGUAUGUAGGAUAAAUUUUAUCUUUUUUUCAGGUGAAAAAACCGAGGCUCACAAUGAUUGCCAAAGUCACCAAACUUAACUGGCAGUGUCAAGACUCAAACAUAAAUCCUUUGAUUCUGAAACCAGUAUUUAUAAAAUCACAGAAGAGUAUUUUUUAAAAAUUGUUUUCCUGCUAUAACAGAUCCUUAAUCAUAUUAAUGUGAUUACAUGUGUUCUUUUUAAAUGUUCUUUGAUGCUCUUCUAAAUAUCUUUCCAAUGAAAGAAUUGAUGCUGAAUAAUUUAUUCUAUAAGAAGGGAGGAAGAAAAGGGGGAAAUGAUCUUAUCUUUUUCAAAUCUGUUUUCCAUUAAUCAUGUAAUCAAUUAAUAGAAUUGAAAUGUAUUUUAGGCAAUAAAUUAGACAAAUUUUGUAGAUGAAGAAAUUUAAGCCCAGAGAAGUUAAAUCCUUUGUCCAGUUUAGCAGGAGUAAACAUUUAUUAAGUUAUCUACUAUGUGUCAAGUUUUGGGCUAAGCAAUGUGGAUACAAAAGAUGCAAAAGACAGUCAGUCUCUACCUUCAAAGAGCUUAAAAUCUAAUGGGGGAGACAACACAAAUAAUAAACACAAAGUAACUAUAUUUAGGAUAAAUAGGAAAUAAUUUUUAAAAGAAAAGCCCUGGAAUUAAGAGGAGUUAGAAAAAGCUUCCUGUAUAUGAUGGAAUUUUAUUUGGGGACUUAAAAGAAACUUGGGAAUUUAAUAGGCAGAGAAGAAGAGGGAAAGACUCGGGGCAUGGACAAAGAAAAUUCCCGGUGCUGAGAACUGAUUCUGUCUGUGGAACAGCCAGGAAGGCCUGUGUCACUAGAUUAAAAAGUACAUGUUGGGAAUAAGGUGCAAGAAGACUGGAAAGGUAUGAGGAGCUAGAAUUUGUUAGAGCAUUAUGUAUAUGUACGUACACCUAUAUUUUAGAAAAAAUAAUUUAAAUGGAGGAUGAACUGGAGGAGAGAGAAAAUUAAGAUAAGCGACCCAUCAGCAGAUUACUAUUAUAGUCAAGACAUGAGCUGAUGAGGGUUUGCAUUGGAGUGCUGACAGUGUCAGGAGGAAGAGGAGGAGGAGGGAUAUAUGAGAGAUGGUGCAAAGAUAAAAUAAACAGACUUUGAUAAUAGCUUGGAGACAAGGGAUGAAAAAUAGUGAGAAAUCCAAGAAGGCUCCUAGCUUGCAAGCAUAAGAAACUAGCAGGACAGUCUUACAUUCUACAGCAGUGGGAAGAUUGGAAGCAGGGAAGGGUUUGAGGUGGAGUGGAGAAGAUAAUGAAUUCUGAUUUGGACAUAAUUGAUUUUAAUACGAAUACUAAACAUCUGGUUUAAGAUAUUUGAAAGGCAGGUGGAGAUUAAAGUUUUAGAGGUUAGGAGGAAGAUUAGGACAGGAAAGGUAGAUUUAAGAAUUAUUAGCAAAAAGAUGGUAAUUAAGCUGAUGAGAUCAUUCAAGAGGAGGAAGAGGAGAGAAUCCAGGACAACCUUGAAUGACUUAGAAGGUGUGAUCUGGAGGAGAAUCCAGCAAAAGAGAUAGAGAAGGAGCAGUCUUAUAGAUAGGAAGAAAACCAGUAGAGAUUGGUGUCCCCAAAACUUAGAGUAUCAAGAAGGAGAGAGUGAUCAACAAUGUCAAGGAAAAUAAAAAUUGAGAAAAAAGCCAUUGGUUUUGGCAGCUACGAUCAUUAGUAACUUUCAAAAAGACAGUUUUAGUGGAAUGGUAAGGUAGGAAGCAACAUAAUCUAAGGCUGGACCAGAGAACUUCAUGACUCCUGAACUAUAAUACUGAGCUUUUCAUCAAAUCAUCUGGCCCUACCGAGAAAACAUUGCUGCAUUAUAUGUGAUGCAUCUUUGUGGAGAGUUGGUGUACAAGUUUUGUAUUUUAAAAUACAAAUCAAAAUAAAGGGAAUAUAAUUUGAAGUUGCAAUUAUCAAAUUUCUUAUAUACAAAAAAGAGGUAGUUGUUAAAGUAUUUUGAAUUAGACACCAGAAAAAGUUGCUGGUUUAUUGAACUAAAAUACUUAUUUUAUCAAGUUAUUUCCUGAAGGUCAGAAAGAUUUAAGAAUUGAAAAUACUUUUUAAUUCCUCUUUCCCACUAUUUUCCUCCCACUCCCCAUUCACCUCCAAAAGACCCCCUGUUAAACUGAAGGAUGAUAUAACAUGACCAGUUUUUCAUUAUGUAAAAUCUUUCCCCUUGGGAAAAAAAUAAAUUAGUAUGUGUUAUAUACAUGGAGUCUUAUUAAAAAUAAAGUUAGGCGAUUUUUUUUUUUGUUUCAACCACGUAAAUUUUAAUUGAUUUUUUUUUUAAGAGAGAAAUUCUACUUUGAGAAUAUUUUGAAGAACUGAUCUAAUAAAUGGAACAAUUAGUAAAUCAUUGAAUAUUUUUAUAGUGAUCAUUUUUAAAACUUUAAAGAGAAAUACAGACAGAUGAAUAUAUCAGAAAAGAGAGAAAAUUAGAGGGUAACAUACCCAUUCACAUACACAUUGGACAUGCAGCUGUUUGGUCUCUUUAUUUGAUUGAAAUCAAAGAAACUCUGAAACAUGACCAAUUAAAAAAUAACUACAAAGAGCCAAAGAGUGAAGAUAUGAUAACAGAAAAUAUGAUUAUGGGUUAGUUUUGUGGCCUGAAGAAUAGAACUUUUCAUUUUAAAAUAAAAAACAGAAAAACAUGGAAGGUGCCAGAGGAAAAAUAGCAAGUAAAAAAAAAAAAAAAAAAAAAAA